CUAUAGGCUCCCCCGGGACACGGCGGCGGGGACCUGGCCUGGGCCACUUAGGCUCCGAGGGGUGCAGACACUCGGCCGUCGCUCCGUCCCGCCGCGUCCCGCCGCCCGCACCUGCCGCCCCGCGCAGCAGCCCGGCCCCAGCAUGACGGACCAGGCGGCCUUCGACACGGAUAUCGUCACCCUGACCCGCUUCGUCAUGGAGGAGGGCAGGAAGGCCCGCGGCACGGGCGAGAUGACCCAGCUGCUCAACUCGCUCUGCACCGCGGUCAAAGCCAUCUCCACGGCCGUGCGCAAGGCGGGCAUCGCGCACCUCUAUGGAAUUGCUGGCUCCACCAACGUGACGGGUGAUCAGGUGAAGAAGCUGGAUGUCCUCUCCAAUGACCUGGUUGUUAACGUGUUAAAGUCAUCCUUUGCCACCUGUGUUCUUGUGUCGGAAGAAGACAAACACGCCAUAAUAGUAGAACCUGAGAAAAGGGGUAAAUAUGUGGUCUGUUUUGAUCCCCUGGAUGGAUCUUCCAACAUCGACUGCCUUGUGUCCAUUGGAACCAUUUUUGGCAUCUACAGAAAGAAUUCAACUGAUGAGCCUUCUGAGAAGGAUGCUCUGCAGCCAGGCCGGAACCUGGUGGCUGCCGGCUAUGCUCUCUACGGCAGUGCCACCAUGUUGGUCCUGGCCAUGGUGAAUGGUGUCAACUGCUUUAUGCUGGACCCGGCCAUUGGAGAGUUCAUUUUGGUGGACAGGGAUGUGAAGAUCAAAAAGAAAGGGAGCAUCUACAGUCUCAAUGAGGGCUACGCCAAGGACUUCGACCCUGCCGUCACUGAGUACGUCCAGAGGAAGAAGUUCCCCCCAGAUAACUCGGCCCCCUACGGUGCCAGGUACGUGGGCUCCAUGGUGGCCGAUGUGCACCGCACCCUGGUCUAUGGAGGGAUCUUCCUGUACCCAGCGAACAAGAAGAGCCCCAAUGGAAAGUUGAGACUACUAUACGAGUGUAACCCGAUGGCCUAUGUCAUGGAGAAGGCAGGAGGAUUGGCUACCACCGGGAAGGAAGCUGUACUGGAUGUCGUUCCCACUGAUAUCCACCAGAGGGCGCCAGUCAUCCUGGGGUCCCCUGAAGACGUGACCGAGUUCCUGGAGAUAUAUAAGAAGCACGCUGCCAAAUGAAGAGCUGGCCUUGCCCAAACCAAAAAGAAUUGCCUUUUAUUUGGUCCUUUUAUCUCACAUGGUGCUACUCCAUUCUGACUAUGCAUCACAUUCCUAGACAGUAGAAAUAAAAAGCACGGAUAUUUUCACCAUCAAAUGCCGUGUAAUGCCUGGCACCGCCUACCUAAAUGCUAUCUCGAUAAGGCCACUGAUGGUCAAGAUAUAUUUUCAAUGGAUAGAGGAGAAAUAAACAUAUUCUUCCUU